UGUGACCCUUUUCAUUCAGGUGUAGCUGAGGCUAGGAUUCCAGGCACGGCUGGGCCAUGGAGGAGAAGCAGAAGAUGGAAGUUCUCACAAAGCAGACCUUCCUCGGAGCACCCUCAGAGGACAACCCCAUCCCGAUCCCCAUCCCGGGCCUGGGCUGUUGCCCCUGCUGUGACUGCUGCGGGUGCUGCGACUGCUGUGGGUGCUGCGACGGCUGCUCCUGCCCCAGCUGCGACUCUUGCCCCAACUGCUGCUGCGGCUGCUGCGGCUGCUGCCCGCCCAGCUGCGAGUGCUGCUGCCGGGCCUGCUGCUUCCUGCCCAAGCUCCUCUGCCGGCUGCCCACCCUGCCCAGCUGCCCCGUCCGCAUCAAGCCGCUGCUGAUCAUUGUGGUCGUCGUCGUCCUCAUCGUGGUCGUCAUCGUGGGGGCGCUGCUGAUGGGGCUGUACGUCACCCGGGCGCACACCGAGACGGUUCUGCAGAUGACCAUCAAGGGCCUGAGAGGAGAAGAGCAGCUACAUCUUCCCACGGAGAUGGAGGAAGCCACUUUCCUGGUGAAUGACGGGAUCCACGAUCCAGCCACCAUCAUUUAUGACUUUAGCAAGCUGUUGAUCGGCUACAGACCCUGGGAUGGUCAAGCCUGCUAUCUCACCAGGAUGGAUAAGGGAAAUGUCCAAGGUCUGGAUGCCGUCUUCAUGGAAUUACAGGUCAAGUCAUCCAUCCUCCCUCCAACCCUGAGUGGGAGGGAACAGGAAGAGGUGCUCCUGACACCCCUGGUUGAUCGUUUCGACUUGGGCACUGCCCUCAACAUCCUCUGCAGCCGCGUGCCCAUCUUUUGGGCUUAGAGAGGCUUUGCACCACAGAAAAACUCAGCUCCCAUCUCUGGAUUGUUGCCACAUGGACUGGAAACGCCCCUCCCACCGGGCCCUGCUGUGCCCCAUACUUGAACGGCUUUGCUGUGGGAUUUGGCUCAAGACGGAUCACACAACCAACACAGUGGAACAGGCGCUCCACAAAGACAAGAGGCUGAAAAGUUGUGUUCCCGUUGUUCACAAACCUUAUGAACACCUCAAGCUAGAGCCACAUAGUUGACGCUGAGCAGUGAAAAAUUCUGGGACAGGGUUGAUUUUUGGUUAGACAUUUGAGAAGCCAUUCCUGGAUAUUCGGGCUCUUUCCUUGGCCAGGUCCUGUUGAACCCUUCCCUUCCCUCUCCAGGCAGACACUGCCACGUACGUGGGGUGUUCUGUCUCCCUGCACAGAGUUUUGGGAAAGUUGCUUUUGGAGACGACAGCUUCCAGAAUGUGGGGGUUGCCGCUUUUAAAAAUCACUGUUCCUAAUUUAAGGCCAUGCAGAGUGAUACCCCAAAGCACUGCCCUGGACCUCUUCCUCUCUGCAACCUUUGUGAGAGGCCUCUGUGUGGCAUCUGCUAAAAAUAAUAAUAGAAAUAAGAAUAAUAAAAAUUCUAGCUCAAAAAAAAAAAACUAGAAAGAAAUGAAAGAUGGGCAAGAAUUCUGAAAGCAAAAGGAAAUUCUGCCCACUCUGCUUGUCUUCACCAUCAUCUUUCCUAGCGGGAGGGCAACAAAAGAGUAAAUAAAUAAUGGGAGGACCACUGAGGCUAACUCGAAGUGGCAGCCGACACAGGGGAGAGUGGAUAACAGAUCGAAGGAUGGGAGCCCUUCCGAGUGCGUUCCAGCUUCUUGACAGCCAAAUGGAUUUGGGAAAGGCAGGAGGGGAAAAACCCCUGGGAGGAACAGACGGCAUUCGUUUGGAAGAGAAGGGCCGGCAGAAAUCCCCUCAUCACUGAGAAGGGACAGAAAUGCACAGACUAGGGAGAUCCGGGCCUCAGCAAAUCUCCCUUUUGCUCAUUCAUAGUCUGAGAUGGAUUUUGGCCCAGUUUUUCCUCUCUCCCUUUGAAUUAAUCCUUUAAAAACUGCUGUAAUCACACCUGCGAAUGUCCAGGAAUGGCACUCAAAGGCAGAGUAUUAACCGAAAUGCCCAAACCCACCCACCUAGCUUUUAAACCAUGUAGUCUUCUCAAAGGACAAUAGCUCAGGGGUCUACACAGGAGGGGGCCCCCGGUAAUUCAAGCACCGCACGCGCACAAACCCUCUGGCUGUUAUACCCAAGCUUAAGUGCUGUGAUCUUGCUUUGCCUUGCUUAUCAGAUGACAUUUAGUCAAAACGUAGGGGGAAAGUCCUCACCCAUGUUGUCGGGAAGAUUCGAGGGGGGGGUGUUGACAGCCAAAACGUAAGUUUUCCAAGCUCAGGAUCCAGAACAGAAGAGAGUUGCCUUGUCUUUUUCUUUGAUCUAAAUUCGUAGGAUUCUGCCUGAUUUUGCCUGCGGAGGACAACCCAGUAUGUAUAAUUUGCUCGUAAUCCUACAGGCUGCAGAUUCGUAUACAACAUUUCUAACCUUGCCACUUACAAAGGUUUGGAGCUGAUGCUCUUUCAUAGAAAUGCACUUCAAUGACCUGCGCUUGGCAAUUCCAUUUUAUUAUAGUUUCAAACGUUCAAAGGAGCUCAGCCCUUGCUUCGGGCAGCCACGACCAUCAGACAAAAAGACUUAGGGAGUCUUUAUCGCUACUGUUGAAAUUGGCAAAAGAAAACACCGAGACACCACAAAGGGAAAGGUUGCAUUCUGAGAUAUUGAUUGCAGGUGGCCAGGCAGAGAGAGCUCUUUCCUCAUCGUGACCUAACCAUUUUCUCUGUUUUCAAACAGCCAGACCAAAUGCAUUACACUGGAAUACAAAUAUUUGCAAAGCGCCCUCUUUUCCUGUAAGAGAAAAUCUUAAAGCAAAUUUCCAAACAUGCAACAUUUCACCCAGUAGAAAAAAAUCACAGAGUUGGGGACGCAACUCUGAGAGCUAGUUUUUAACAGAUAGGGAAUAAUUAUUAUAAUGUCUAUAGCCAGGGGCUUGCUUUUGACAAGUCAUUUUUCACACUCCUUAAGUUGUGAUUUUUUUUAAAAAAACAACUCUGAACGAUCACACUGCAUGCGAACAUACCAGCAGGCUGCAACCCAUGAUAUUUCUGCUCCUGGAAAGAAACCAUCCAAUUAGUGAGCCAUCAAGAUUAUCAUCUGCUGGAAUGGAAGAAGGGAAGCUGGAUUCGGUGAAAGUAGCCAUAACACAGGGGCCCUGGCACCAAGGAGCGGAACGGUUCCCGAACCCCAGCAGCCCAGCAAGGUGGGAAACCUGUCCAGAUGCACCACUGUUUCUAAGCCACAGGAACUCAAGCGUGGAAGGCUUUUCUUUUGCUGUAGCUGAUCCUUGAUUGUCAGCAUUAAGCUUCAAAUAAUAUGAUGUAGUCAAUAAAUACAUAAGGAAUCAUCUGAAUUAU